CGCCACCUACAGCCCGGGAGGGUGAGCGUCAUGGCGGCUUCCGGCCGUCUCCCGGUGACCCCGGACCUGCCCACGCUGCGUGCCAAGUUGCAGGGACUCUUGGGGUUCCUGAGGGACGCCCUGUCCAUUUCGAAUGCACAUACUGUGGAUUUCUACACGGAGUCGGUGUGGGAGGAGCUGGUCGACUUGCCGCCGGAGACAGUGCUGACGGUGCUGAGGAGGUCGGCGGCGGAGACGGAGGCCCAGCCCUCUGACUCGCGCCCCCUAGUGGAAGCAGAGAAGGGGUCAGGUAUGACUAAUUUACCGAAAAUAUUCUGUGAAACUUCUCAGAAGCUAGUGAACGUGGAAGCAUUUGCUCAGGCUGCAAAAUACUAUUCUGUACAAAACAUGGGAAUAUGUACACCUUUUGAACAGCUGCUUGUAGCCCUUCAAGGAAAUGAAAAACAGAGAUCCGGUGAAACUGUGAAGCCCGUUGAAUUUAUGAAUAUGAAGAAAUCUCAUGAAGUUCAGGCAAUGUCAGAACUGAUCAGCAGUAUUGCUACUUACUAUGGAGUAAAGCAAGUAAUCGACUUGGGUUCUGGUAAAGGCUACCUAAGCUCUUUUUUGUCCUUGAAGUAUGGCUUAAAAGUUUAUGGAAUUGAUUCCUCAAAUACCAAUACUCAUGGAGCCGAAAAGAGAAACAGGAAAUUGAAGAAACACUGGAAACUUUGUCAUGCUCAGCCAAGAUUAGAUGUCAGUAGACUGGCAUUAAAAAUGGCAAAAGAGAGGAAAGUACAAAAUGAAAUCAAAUAUAAAGCAGAUGUUGAGAAAGUACGUUACCAUAGUCUUACAAAGCAAGAAGAGAUGUCUACCUCAAAUUUUUUACCAAAUUUAUCAGGCUCUGUAAUAUCUGCCGUCAGAAAACAGAUGGAAAAACAAAAACAAAUGGAAAACCUACAUGCUCAGCCACAUCAAGAAGAAAAUCUGUGUUUUGAGAAUACUUUUUCUCUUAUAGACCUUUUGCCUGUUAAUGCUAUAGAGUCUACUUCUUUGUUGCAAAUGCCCAACAGAGAGAUAUCUGAAACAAAUAAAGAGAGAAGGACAAUGACAUCAAAGUCAAGCGAAUCAAAUAUAUAUUCUCCCUUAACCUCUUUUAUUACUGCUGACUCAGAACUACACGAUAUUAUUAAAGAUCUAGAGGAUUGUUUGAUGGUGGGUCUACACACUUGUGGUGAUCUUGCUCCAAAUACUCUGCGGAUAUUUACUUCCAAGUCUGAAAUCAAGGGAGUUUGCAGUGUGGGAUGUUGCUAUCACCUCUUAUCUGAAGAGUAUGAAACCCAGACUAAAGAAUGUACUCAAGAAAAGUGGGGAUUUCCAAUGUGCCACUAUUUAAAGGAAGAGAAAUGGUGUUGCGGUCGUAAUGCCAGAAUGUCAGCAUGUUUGGCCUUGGAGCGCGUUGCAGUUGGCCAAGGGCUGCCUACUGAAUCACUCUUCUAUCGUGCUGUUCUUCAGGAUAUUAUUAAAGAUUGUUAUGGCGUCACCAAAUGUGAUCAGCAUGUUGGUAAAAUUUAUUCCAAAUGUUCUUCCUUUCUGGAUUAUGUCAGAAAGUCUCUAAUGAAGCUUCAGUUAGAUGAGUCCAAGCUGCCAGAAAAAAUUAUAAUGAACUACUAUGAGAUGUAUAAACCUCGAAUGAAUGAGCUGGAAGCUUUCAAUAUGUUGAAAGUUGUUCUGGCUCCUUGUAUAGAGACAUUGAUUCUUCUAGAUCGACUUUGCUACCUGAAAGAGCAGGAAGAUAUUGCAUGGUCUGCACUGGUGAAGUUGUUUGAUCCUGUGAAAUCUCCCAGAUGUUAUGCUGUUAUUGCUCUGAAGAAGCAGCAAUGAUUUCAUUUGAGGCAAAUUAUUAGAUAUAUCUGUGUGAGGGACCUAUUGGUAAGAUUGGUUUUCUAAACAUUUGUGUCCUAUCAUAAAAAUAUUUUAAAAUCAUUUCUAUAUAUUUUAAAUAAACAAUAAGAUAAUAGCUAACAA